AUGCUCAGCCAUAUGCAAGUGGAUAAAAUUUGGUGGGCUGAGGCGAUGAACACGGCAGUCUAUGUGACAAACCGAGUUCCAUGUGCUAGUCACCCGACUAAAACUCCAUUUGAGUUCAUCUUCGGGAAGAAGCCUGACCUCUCCGAGAUGUGUGUAUUUGGAUCAAAGGGAUAUGCACAUGUCGACAAGUCGAACAGGACCAAGAUGACCAAGAAGGCGAUUCGAUGUAUUUUUCUAGGUUACUCGGAUCAAAUCAAGGGGCUUCGAAUAUGGGAUGAAGAUGCCAAGAGGGUGACGCACACGAGAUCGGCUAAAUUCGAUGAGAGACCACCACUUCAGUACGUGCAACGUUACAGCAGAUCAAGUGACCAAGAGUUUCGCGCUGUUCAUGACGAAGACACUGUUUCUAUCGAUUUAGAACAGCCACGAGUCACGAAAGACAUGGACAUAGCAAUGGAGGACAGUCACAGUGUUCAAGAAGAGAGUCACAUGCAAGACAGGCGUACAACAACGAUGGCUCUACCAUCAAGAUGCAGUAGCAAGAUGCCUGAACACGUGGGUUCCAAUGCUGACGAUCCAAUGUUUGAAAUUGAUGAUGUGACGAUGAUUGAAGAAGAUCAAGAAUCGGCUGAAGACGUGUCAAGACAAGGACAGAUGGUGAUACGACCAAGUCGACAGACAAGUAUUCAAGCAUCGCAAGAAACCGCGAUGGUUCCACUAGAAUCGGUUCAACAUGGACAAUCUCAAGCGUUAAUACCAGUGAAUGGUGCUGAUGAGGACUUUUAUGACGGCUCAGAAGUGUGUCAAGAAAAAGGCACAAAGAGACUACGUAUUGGGUAUGAGCAAGCAUGUGCAGCGUUCGAGACCCCAACGACAUACGAAGAAGCUCUUAAGUCACCUCGUCGUGAUAAUUGGUACAAGGCCAUUCAAGCUGAGCUCAAGGCAUUAGAGGAAAAGGACACCUGGACUGUUCAAACACAGCGUCCAAACCAGAAAGUGAUUGGAACCAAGUGGGUGUUCGCACUCAAACGAAACGAGCUGGGUGAGAUUAUUCGAUACAAGGCACGUCUUGUAGCACUUGGCUACAGGCAGACGUAUGGAGUUGACUACAUGGAGACAUAUUCACCUGUGGCAAACCUCAACUCAAUACGGGUGUUUUUGGCGGUGUGCUGUCAAAAGGGGAUGUUGAUUCAUCAAUAUGAUGUCGACACUGCGUUUCUGUAUGGCGUUUUGGAAGAAGAGGUAUACGUAUACCCUCCUCUGGGUGUUCGUGCAGAACAUAAUCAAGUGCUUAAGCUGAAUCGCAGUCUGUAUGGGCUGAAACAAGCGGCCGCUACAUGGUACAAGACAAUUUCGUGUGUGUUUGUGGAGAUGGGGUUCUUUUCAUGCGUGGCAGACUCAUGCAUUUUCGUCAAAGAGACCAAGGGCUCGUGGAUUUACGCUGCAUUAUAUGUGGACGACCUUCUAAUUGGGGCUGAAUCUACUGGAGUGAUGGAAGAUGUGGCAGCUCAACUAUCAAGUCGUUUCCAGUUGAAGAUACUAGGGGGUGUUCGAUACGUUCUUGGAAUCGAAGUCAAGUACCUGCGCAACAAUCGACGUCUGAAGAUCAGUCAAGGAUCGUGUAUAUCAAGAAUGGUCGAGAAAUUUAAUCAAGUUGAUGCGAAAGCAGUGUCAAAUCCAAGUGUUGAAGGGCAAGCGAUGGUCAAGAUGGACAAAGCUGACACAAGAAUGAAGAAUCGACCGUAUCGAUCGUUAGUGGGGUCGUUGUUGUAUGUGGCAACAGGCACACGACCAGAUAUUGCGUAUACAGUAUGUCAGCUGAGUCGUCAUUUGGAAUUUCCACAUGAAGAGCACUGGAAUGCAGCGAUUCGAGUGUUGCGAUAUCUGAAGACGACGCAGAGCAAAGGAAUUUGUUAUGAAGGAGUUUCAGGCAAUCUUCAGCUGAGCGCGUACACCGAUGCAGACUGGGCAAGUAACAAGUGGAAUCGCAGAUCGAUUUCGGGAGUUUUUAUCAUGAUUAAUGGCGCACCUGUGAUUUUCAAGUCGAAGAUGCAGCAGAGCGUGGCACUGAGCACGGCAGAAGCAGAGUAUAUGGCUCUUUCUUUAUGUGUGCAGGAGGUUCUGUGGACAAGAAGUCUACUCAAGGAGAUGCAAGUGCAGAUUAACUAUGCUGUCAAGAUUCACGAAGACAACCAGAGUGCAAUCGCUAUCGCUAAGAACGACGGCUAUCAAAGUCGAGCGAAACAUAUCGACAUCAGAUACCAUUUUGUGCGCGAACAGGUGAAAGACAAGAUUAUCGACCUGCAGUAUACUGAAACCAAGUCACAGCUGGCAGAUUUUCUGACCAAACCGAUUUCGACAAAGAAGUUCGAGUCGCUGCUGGACAAGGCCAGGAUCAGAGACUUCUAG